GUCGGUGACGAAACGAGGUCGUUUUGCCCGAGUCAGAAUGUUGACGCUAAACGACGUCGGAUGGUGGGGCUUUCAUCUUCUUUCUUCCUUCUCUUCAUUCGGUUUAGCGCAGAGUUGAGCUGUGAGGUUCAAAUCAAAACCUAGAACAGGACAAAGGGGAAGGUUUGUGCUUUGGGCUGCAACUUCGAGUUGGUGAUAGUGGUUCAUGUUCUUUGAUUCUUUUUGUUCUUUAAUUCGUCAGUGCUUUGAAAGCAAGCUCUGAUCUCUGCUUCCGAGGAGGUUGUUUUGCUUUGCUUUGUGGCGAUCCGGAAAGGGAUUCGAGAUUCUUAAUUUGACAUGCAAACGGAGGCUAGGGUUGCUGUGAUGAUGGAAGGGGGGCAGAGAGCUCUCAGUUCUGGUCAUGGAGGGGUGGUUUCUGUCGAGGGAGGUGCGAGAAAUUUCGCACCUAAAAAGCAACAGUCGCUGCAGCAAUCGCAGAUAGGGACGGUGUCACAGCUUCUAUCUGGAGGAGUUGCGGGGGCUUUUAGUAAGACCUGCACCGCGCCACUCGCCCGGCUUACAAUACUCUUUCAGGUUCAAGGGAUGCACUCUGAUGUAGCAUUGCUGAGGAAAGCCAGCAUAUGGCAUGAGGCUUCACGAAUUGUUCAUGAGGAGGGAAUAAGAGCUUUCUGGAAAGGGAAUCUUGUUACAAUUGCUCAUCGACUUCCAUAUUCUUCUAUCAAUUUCUAUGCAUAUGAACACUACAAAAAGUUACUACACAUGGUCCCAGGUCUUGAACGUCAUAGGGAUCACAUGAGUGCAGACCUUUUAGUUCACUUCCUGGGUGGUGGCUUGGCAGGAAUUACAGCAGCAUCAACUACGUAUCCACUGGACCUCGUAAGGACUCGUCUUGCUGCUCAGACGAAUGUGACCUAUUACAAAGGUAUUUGUCAUACUUUGCAAACAAUUUGUAGAGAAGAAGGUUUUCUGGGUCUUUACAAGGGACUUGGAGCAACAAUACUGGGUGUUGGUCCCAACAUAGCUAUCAGCUUUUCAGUGUACGAAAGCUUGAGGUCUUUCUGGCAGUCUCAUAGGCCUCAUGAUUCUACUGUUUUGGUUAGUUUGACCUGUGGCAGUCUAUCAGGCAUUGCAUCCUCUACAGAGAAACAGGCUGUGGUGCAGGCUCUGCACCAAAGUAUUUAACCAGACUGACCCUAGAGACAGAGACCAGACUGGAGUUGUAUUUUGUAUGGCAUAUGAAAAUUUUAGUAAGGAAGUUGAUAAAAAAAUUCCAUAUUAUCACCUUAAUUUUAUUAUGUCAACUUAAAAGUUUUGCGUAAAAUUGGUCCCCCAAGCAUGACAGUGGGGUUUAAUGGAGGUUGGCACUAUUAAUCAUAUACAUAUACUAGAAUAUCAUUUUCAGGUGUGAGAGGUGCCCUAUCUGAGGUAUGUUUCUCACUUGGGCUCUCUUUUACAUUUGUCAAACGGGUUUUUGAAUCCUUGAAAAGCCUCAUCUUUGAGGACUUUGGUCGUGGUCUAUUAGUAUUUAUGAGAAUAGAAUGGUUCUGUUCUGACUAUGCCUGAGUUGUAUCUCAUGGAAACCUAGUGCUUAUGCAAACGUACCAGAAAGGUGCCAGCAUGAUUGCAUUUUGUUUCACUUCUAAUUUGAAUAGAACGCAAUUGAUUCUUGUUGAGCGGCUCUGCUGCAUACGUCAGUUUGUUUAGAGCAUAAGAAUUAAAAUUGAUCUUGUAAGGGAACCAAAAUGGUAAACUCUCGAGCUGAAAAGAUUAAAAUAGUAUUCAACCUAUUGUUUUAUAUCAAAAACAUUUAGGUGGGUUAGAAUUGUAGCUCCAUCAUCAUUUCUUUUCAGCUUUCUGCUUAAUAUCGUUAUCUUGUGCUAUCUUAGCAGCUUCUUCUCUGUUGUGUGAUUUUGGCUGAAAUGUAAUUAACUAUUUCGACCUCGUGUUAGCAGUUUUAGCCUUACCUUACCGAUGUCUAAUCUUUUCCUACAAAGUGAAAUUGAAGGUCCUCUCUAUCUGCUAUACUGUACAGCUCGGUUUAUAUUAUGUUACCCACUAUAAUUUGCAGCAACGUUCCCUCUGGACCUCGUGAGGCGACGGAAGCAGUUGGAGGGAGCCGGUGGCCGAGCACGGGUGUACACUACAGGUCUUCUCGGUGUGUU